UGGGCUGAUGGGAGAGAUGUUGCAGAGGGAACAAAUCAGUGCCAAAGGAAAGGGGUGAGACAGACCCUGCUGAUAGGAAAGCAUCUCAUGUUGCAGAAAUUUGCCUAAAAGCCAGAAAGACAAAGGAAUUUUGUCGCAGUUGAGUGAAGGGGGAGACACUGCUUGGAGUAAUCCACAGACCCCGUGCUGGGGUGGUUAUAAAUAACCUUGUGCAUUAGGACCAGAAGGAUCACACAGGCUAAUCAGCUGUGGGAAAGCCAAGCAAAGGGCUCAUUCUGCUUAGCAUAAGGGGAUGCAGAGGGAUGGGUGCAGGCAACGCACCCAGACAGGGCUGUACACCCGCUGGGCUGCCCGGGGUACCAAGUAGGAAAGUCAUUUACUGACAGUAUUUUAGCCUCGGAAACGUUGUCCCUUUCCAUGGGGAAGCUCUGACCCUGCAGUGCCCCUGCCCCUGAAACGCUGUGGGUCUGGCACUGCCUGUCCUGGCUGUGACGCUGCCCCACGUGCUGCUUUGUUCUCUGGGUUAUGAAACACUUUGGCCCCGCUCGGGAGUAGUGAACGUGUCUCCGGGCACUGGAGGGCUCUCACGGCCACUUCCUCGUGGGAGGAAUUUAAGCUCUGAUAAGGGCACCUCUGGCUUUGGGGCUCUGAUCCCACUGCUGGAUCACCACCAGCAGCCACACACAUUCCAUCUUUUGGCUACUUUUAGCCCAGAUUUUCCUUAAUUUCCCAAAAGACUUGCCAUGGGAUUUCCUACAAAACCCCUCUUUUCAGCCUUGAUAACGCUUUCCUCCCUCCUUCUGCAGCGCUGCCAUUAACCAGAGAUACUUCGAGUGACAGAAGUUCCCAGGUCUGGUUACAAACAAUCCCCUGACACCGGAUGGGAGCCCAAAUCCCCCUCCAUGUCCCAUUCCGGGCUCCGGUGGGGACCAGGGACAGGCGCUGCCGCCAGAGGUCCCCGCACACCCGCGGAAGAGCCGCUCAGGACGACGCGCUCCGACGGCGCUCAGCAUCCAUCCGCACCUUAUUUGGAGAUAUUGCCUUUUUCACCCAGAUUUAGUGAAGUUUUCCAUCAGUCCCUUCAAAAGCCUCAUUCUGCGCCGGGUCGGCUCGCACCGUACCGCUCCCAGUCCCCCCUACGGGACUCGGCCAUCCCUUAACGCUGCGGGGACACAGCUUGCCCCGCGGCAGGGACUUCACGGAGCAGCUCCUGACACCCCAAGUGCCUCCGGCCAAAGCCCCGCUCCCGUUGUUGGGAAGCUUUGCACCCUUCAUCUGCUUUUCUCCAGCCAGGGAAGCAUAAAGCCUGUCUGCCCCUCUUGGCUUGCAGAUUUUAACUGUCUUCUUCUUUCCUCUCCAAAGUGUGUCACUGCUCUGCUGGCCCAUAGGAAGUCAGAUGAUGCAGGAAAGCUCUGCAUCCACCGCCCCCCUCUCCCUCUUUCUACCUGGUGGUGAGUGGUGAAACACAGGGCCAGGUGUCUGCCCAGCCCCUGUUGCCAAACCAGAGCUGAAUGCUCAAGGAAGAAUACAUGAAACAGCACAGAUAACGAUUUUUACCCUACGAACAAAUUAAUUCCUACUAAAUAUUUCCUUUUCCAUGCCUUCUCCUCCUGUAAGCUAAACACGCUUCCCCUGCCCAGUUUACAAUCCUCAAGCUUAAGCUGUAUCUGACAGAUAUUAAUGUGCUUUCUGGUGAUGUUGUUAUGGGGUAUUUAUGACCCUAUGCUUGUUGGUUUUCCUGCAGUUCACACGGGUUCAGAAUGAGCCCUGCAAGGUGGAAGCACUCCCUCCAUGCACAUCACACGUUUCAGAGCCCACUCAAUCACUCCUGCAUUGCAAAUAGAGCUUCACAGCUCCUGCUGCUGCCAGCUGCACAGCUGGGCACGGGGUACGUUCCCUCCUGAAUUCUCUCAUUAUUAAUAUCACAAACCAAGCUGCUCUGAGCACGGUGUCCCAUUAAUCAUUUUAGCUCUGCUGCUUCCCCACCUUGCUUGCCCUCCGUUCUUCGGAGAUGUUCAGCUCUGUGUGCUGGAGGGAAGGACCAACGUGAGCACAAUGGGGAUGAGGACACAUCUGCACAGCCACAGCUGCAUUACAGCAUGCCAGGGUGCGUGGCAGGGGCUCGAAGGGAGGACAGCCCUAACAGAGGGCCAGAAGAUGUUACAGAGCACCUUACCGAUGUGGCAUAACAUCCUAUUCCGAGUCCCUCAAUUGUAUUGCGUGUUCCUAGGCGUGAGCUGUCAGAGCAGCAUCCUACAACAACCCCAAACCUUUAUGCUCAGUGCCCUUCCCAACCUUCAGAGCAGAGCGAGAUCCUUUCACCAUCACCUUUGCACCAGCGGAGGUGGGGAUUUUGCUUUGCUUUUCAUUUUGCACGAGUCCUUUGCCGGGCUGUUGGAUCGCAUCCAGCAGCCUCUCAGCUCCACUGUGCCAAUGCCACCACGCAGCACUGUGUCCCACCUGGCUCCCACCCCUGUACUUUGCACACUGCAGCUCCCAUCCCCGAGCAAACACUUCCCAGCCGUUUCUGCUGAGUCAGAGAAUGCCUCCGCGAGGGCCGCUGCUGCUUCUCCACGUGGGAAUGCGCUCCCAGGGAAUAAUUACAGGGAGUUUAAACAGGGCCGUGCAGCAGCCAAAUUGCUUCAUGCUCAGGCGCCCGGCCAGUGAGGCAGAGCCCAAAAGCUGCUUUUUGGCACUGUGAGAAAACACUCUGCACCUGCACCCACCACGGGCAUGCAGCACCCAUAGACUGGGAGCACUCCUGGCAUUGCAGCAUCCAAAGUGUCCUUAUGGCUCUGCAGGCCCAACAGAGCAAAGCACUUUGCUGGGAGCAGCUGUAUACUUACUGAGCAUCCAUGUGCACAUCCUCUUCUCAGGGCCGUGCCCACCUCUAGGAGGAUUUUCAGCCCCCCCUGUGCUGGGUUUGGGAGCGCAUCGCGUGGCAGGAUGCUGCUCCCUGUAAUGGGGAUGAUGACAGAGCCGGGGAUUUGUCCCCGCUCUGUGUUUCGAGGUAUAUUUAAAGGUUUUGAAACAUCUUGACUGUGAAAUAGAGAUAAGAACUGGAGGAGACACAAACAGCAGAGGCGUCACUCCCAUUCUUUUCGCAGCUCCCACCCUGCUGCAAAAAUAGCACCAUCAGCAGCACCCAACCCCGUGCAACACACAUGGACACAGCGGUGCUGGGACGCCCAGAAACCAACGUGUAUUCACACAGGAGAAGAGCAAAGCACAGCAAAACCAGUGGGCACCGAGCAAUGGCUCUUCCCUCUGAGAAACAGGAGGAGUGUCUCUGCCUUGACUCAGUUUGUUCCCGAACAGACACAGCCCUCGGACCACACCUGCCCCAUCAGCCCUAAGCGCCCUUAAUACCUCAGCCAGCAGUUUCUAAACCUGAAUUAGGAGAGCAAAUAAAUAAAUAAAUAAACGAAUGAAGUGUGGACUGAUUGCAGUUAAUCAGAUACGCCGCGUCCCCGCUGCCACCCAUCAGCCGGGGGUGUUGGGCAUGGCCAGGAGAGCAUCGCCCAGCGUGGGCUGGGGGAAGCUGGCUUUGGGGACAGACACACGGAUGGGGAAGGGACACACGGACGGUGGCAGCUCCCGAUGAGGCUGGGUCUUGAGAGGGCACAGGCUGCGCUGCCCCUGGCACGGCUCCUGCUUCAACAUCAAAACUGGAGAUAUUGAAGAGUACCCUUCUCUGGACUGCCUGCCUUGCUUUAAGGUGAUAUCUGGUCUCUUUCCCCCUGCUUGGUCUAUGUCCCCUGUGCCACCCGCUGCCUACAAGCAUGGUGAUUGAAAGUGCCAUGCCUUGGCCACGGUGCUGGUCACACAGAGCUACACAUGGAAUGACUUCUAGGGAUCAGGCAUCCUACAGAUCCUUUCAAUCAACACAUCCUGACAUCCCUCACAGCCAGAAAAGCUCGUGAACUCCCCAGCAUCAUCAGGCACUCACAUGACAUUCAAGACCCCUACAUGCAUCUCUUGAUGUGUCAGAGAUUGCUGUCCUCCAACAUUCAGCUCAACAGAUCAGGACCACGAGUUCCUACUGAUGCUGAUCCUCCCUCCUUAGAGCUGGGCUCCAUUAUCCAUUAUCUUCCUACAGUUCUCCACCUUUGCAUCCUAGAUCCUUUUCCAACCAGACCUUGAAUUUCCAGACAGCUCACUGUUACCAGGACCCCCAGACUCCUGCACAAGCUCUUAAGCCACCAUUUGAACAGAGUCUCCCAUGAGAGCUCCUAUCACCACCCCAUCAGCACAGUGUAUCAAUAUACUCUUCUUUCCUCCCACCCAGGUAACAGUGGAAGAUGGAAAGGUGUUUGUUACAGCCAAAAAGAAGGAUCUUGAAAGCAGCCUGAGGGUGAAGGACAUGAGCAAACGAUGCCUUCUCAACAGGAACACGAUGCUUCUCCUGGGGGGAGGUGUGGCUGCCCUGACCUGUGCAGAGACACUUCGCCAAGAGGGCUUUACUGGCAGGAUCAUCAUGGCCACCAAAGAGAAACAUGCUCCGUAUGACAAGUCCAAACUGAGCAAGGAAAUGAACUUAAAAGCUGAGGACAUCUACCUGAGGAAACCUGAAUUCCUAUGUGCUCAUGGCAUAGAGCUCUGGACAGAGAAAGAGGCAGUGUCAGUGGAUUUCCAGAAGCAGAAGGUCCACUUCAUGUAUGGAUCCUCUCAGAAGUACAACCAGCUGCUCAUUGCAACAGGUGGACACUCCAGCUUCCUCAAAGUCCCAGGGGCAGACCUGCAGAACGUGUGUCAUCUUCAAACCCCGGAGGAUGCUAGCAAGGUCUUAGAGCUGGCAUCUGGGAAGAAUCUGGUGAUCGUAGGAGCUUCAUUCAUAGGAAUGGAGACAGCUGCCUUCCUCUCAGACAAGGCUGCUGCCAUCUCGGUGGUGGAAAAACAGGAGUUCCCUUUCCAGAAAACGCUGGGUCCUCAGGUCGGAGGCGUUGUCUUGAAGAUGCUGCAAAGUAAAGGAGUGAAGUUUUACAUGAAAAAAGAACUCCACGAGCUGAAAGGGAAGGAUGGAAAGGUCGCAGAAGCCAUUCUUGCCAGUGGAGAAAAACUACCUGCGGAUGUGGUGGUGGUGGGAAUAGGGGUGACCCCCAACUCUGCAUUUCUGAAGGGUACCACCAUCGCCAAAGACAACAGUGGUGCCAUCCUGGUGGACCUGCGCAUGCAAACCAACAUCCCAAAUGUCUUUGCUGCGGGAGAUGUGGUUUCCUUUCCCGUAGCACUGCUCAAUGGGGACCACUCCAGCAUCCAUCACCAACAGGUGGCCGAGGCCCACGGUUCCAUCGCUGCCUUUAACAUGUUGAAGAAACAGAAGGAGUUGCACACUGUCCCUUUCUUCUGGACCACAAUGCUUGGGAGAAGCAUCCACUAUGCAGGCUGUGGGAAGGGCUACACCGACACCGUUCUGAAGGGCAGCUUGGAGGAACAGAAGUUCCUCAUCUUCUACCUCAAAGAUGGCUUGGUGACAGCAGCUGCCAGCCUAAACUGUGACCCCGUGGUGUCUCUGAUUGCAGAAGUUUUAUACUUGGGGGAAAAGAUUUCAAAGGAAGAAGCAGAGGCCUACGAUAUCAACAACAUAUGCUUGUGACAGCAAGCUAAGCUUCAUCUGUGCACUGCCACAGGGGGCACAGCGUCAACCAGGAGUUAAAGCCCAGCUUGGUGCAAGAGAAAUAAAGCAGAAGCAAAGCUGGA